AUGGAGCAAUCCUCCGCUCAAAACCCUUUGCAGGGUCUUCCACAUGGUACAGGCCAUGAAUCAAUACCGCCUGAUUAUUGGAAUAGCCUGGAUCCGAUCUACGACCCGCAGCUCCAGCUCCAGCAACCACAAGGGCAGUCCACACAAGCUCCCAUGGGGAUGACUUGGGAUCACCAUAUUUUCCAAAAUCCUCAGCAGUCUCAGUCGCAGCAGCAGCAGCAGCGGCAGCAAAGUCAUUUGGCCCCGACCGAAUCCAAUCAUGCCUUAUACAUCCCUGAAUCUUGGCAGGCCAACCCGCUACAGGCUCCGGCGCGAGGUUAUUCAGUUUCCUCACAAUACCAGUCUCACCAACAAGCCCCGGUCUCUCACUCUCAGCACACACCACAGUACCAUCAAGAUCAGAUGACUUUCGACUCGCGGGCUAUGACGAACGCUACGGAGAGCUCGACUUUUCCCUCAUUAAACUACCAACAAUACUACCCCCAGGAUUCCUUCUCGGGACGUCCGCCCCAACAACAGUCGCAACACACCAUCUCUCAAUUCCCAAUUUCUUCCGGGUUUCCCCAGGCUUCCUAUUCCAUUGAUCUCACCGACGAUUUCUCCAACCUUCAACCCCGUGUGCAGCAGCACAUCGACCCGGGAGCCGUCUUUCCAAACCCCGAUCCACAAAUAUCCCGCCCACCAUCCCACAUCCAACCCAGCAGUCUGUACGGAGCUCCUGAGUUUCAACACGCCGAGCGAGAGGCGUUCGAUUUCUAUCAAAAUGGGCUCUCUUUGCAACAGCCACAGUUCGGCACAACACCCGUAAAUGCAGGACCAACUUCUGGAUAUAAUAGGGCCACUGGGCUCCCUCAACCCGAAGUGGUCAUCACAGCGAAGAAGUCGACCAAGAAACCGGCAGCCAAAAAGACAGGACCCAAGACACAGAAGAAAGUCCAAAAUCAGGCGGACAGUGACAGCUCCGAUGAUUCGAAGCUUGAGAUCGAAGCUCCUGACGAAGCAUCCCCUCUCCCACCCAAUCGCCCAAGUGACCCAGUCGAAGCAGGUAUAUAUGAUUCUAUGAAGGCCGUGUGGUCACCGCGGAACAAGUGGCCCUCCGCGGAUAAAGUGAAAGGAGCCCUGGUCGCGUUCAAAGACGUCAUCAAAGUGCUACGAGACGCCUGGAAGGAUCAAGUACAGGCUAUGAAGCUGGCAGAAAAUCAAGGGGAUAACGCCAAGGCAGCCCAGCUGAAGGAGUCAGUGGCUUUGCAACGCCGCAUUAUGGAUAAAAUUGUGGAUACUGCCCUGACCGUUGGGCAUCCCACCAUCGUUGAGAAGUUGGGUGAGCAUCCAUUGGCUUUGUCGAUCUUCUACUCGUUUCUAGUAGACCGUUUCCAGGCCGCAGACUUUGAGGGCUCUUUGACGGUCAACAUCUUGAAACUUCUUGUACGAUUCGUUACUGUCGACGAAGAACUCCUUCAAAAGACAAACAUUGCCAAGUUGCUUCCCAGAUUUAUUAAGAAAGGCGGACCAUCAGUCAAGGAACUUGCACAAAAGAUUCAGGAAAAUGCCGUAGCCUCCACAAAGCGGAAACAGCAGUCUGGUAAAGAAGAUCCUUCGUCCAAAGGGUCUGGUGCAGAUUCUCCUUCAGCAGAACUCGCGGGGGCCAAGCGUCCCCGUGAAGGCGAAAGUAACCACCCACCUGCUACGAAGAGAAUGGUUGUUGGCUCCAAUGCAGGGAAGCCUUCUACAGCCGCCAAUGGGUUGACUAAAGCGGGCGCUUUAAAUGGAAAACCAGUCAACGCAGCAGCUCCGCGGCCGAGAGCCAAUAUUGUCGCUCCCAAGCCAUCAAGUCUCUUUGGUGCCUUGAGUUCUGCCUCCAAGAGACCGGGAACUACAAAUGCAGAGAGAGCGGCUGCGCAAGCGGCUGCGAAGCCUGCAGAUAACCAGGAGAAACCGGCACCUCCGCCCCCCAAGCCUGCAUUCUCCUUCGGUGACAUUAUGGCCGAUCUCAGCAAACCCAAGGAGGUCGUCGUUGCGAAACCUGCUGAAGACAGGCCACCGGAGACAGAAGAAGAGCGUGAAAAGAGACUGCGAAAGGAGGCGCGACGCAAAUUGCGCGUUACCUGGAAGUCCGACGACUCGCUCACCGAAGUGCGACUCUUUACUCACGACCCGGACGAAGAGCUCGGGCCUGGUGAUGGCUCCAUGCGUGGCAUGGGGGAUGUCAAGGGAGAGGGAAGUGUUCUUAAGCUUCACAAAGACAUGGAUGAGCUUGAAGAAGAAGAUCUCGGCGGAAUUCGAGAGACCACUCUCAAUGAGUACAGUGGUCUUUCCGAGGUCAUCAUCGAAUCUGAGGAGCAAAAGAGUGCGAAUUUCAUCAAGCGCGGAGGUGAACAACAACCUUCCAGUCCAGAGAAAGCGGCCCAAGAGCACCGUGAGUCAACUACCCUCAUGGUAUUCUAUACUUCUCCCGCGGAUGUUCCACCCUCGCCCAAAGAACCUCCUGCCCCGGAAGCCGAAGAGAUCGUUCUGGAGGAGGUUCCGUUCGGAGAAGUCCCAGACCACAUCAAAGCUCGACAGGAGCGGUACUUCUCUUACAUGAACCCGAAACCUGCCACUCCUGCAGCGGCCCCUGGGCAGCCGAACGCCGCUCCGGCUGGCACCUUCGACAUUUCCAAUCUGCUCAAGAUGAUCCACACUGGACAGCAGUCGCAGUCUACUCCUCCCCCGCAGCCUCAGCAACCCCCGAUGUCUGACUUGGAACGAACGAUCAGCAUGUUCCGUCAACAGCAGACUCAGCCUGUUAUGCAGCCUCCCCAAAUUCCAAUCACCCAGACGGCACCCCAAGCGCCGGUCGCUGGCGGUGUAGACUUCGCCCAGAUUCUUAACGUCAUGAAACAGUUCCAGAACCCUGCAGCAGCAUUUGCCCAACCUCAACAAACACAAGCAAGUAUGGCGCCAAACCUCGGCGCCAUGUUCACUCAGUUCGCUGGACAAAACCAGCAGCAAGCAGGUGGUCCUCAAGACCUCAACAGCUUCGAAGAUCCAGAGCGCAAGCGAAUGCGCGAGACCAGCCAGUACGAAGACUCCUGGAGCCGAGGCAAGCGCACCAAACAAGGCGACUCCAAACCGUAUAAAGUCGGAUUGGUCCCGUGCAGGUUUUGGGCCGAAGGCAAGUGCAGAAAAGGUGAAAACUGCACCUUUCGCCACGACAGCUAA